AUGACCAGUCCCAAAGACUUCCGAUAUCACCUGCGAGAAACACAGCCUUUCUCCAUCCCCCUCGCUCCCAAGCGUCCGACCCGGGCAGUGUAUGAGUUCUCGCUGAAGGUUCCCGUGCCAGAGGCAGCAGCGCGGCUGGGAGUGCCGCCUCACAUGCACUUUCAACUCAAGUGUGACGUGGCCCCUUUGCUCUGUGCGGAAACGAUGAUUCUCGAGUGGAUGGCUGAGCCUCGUGUGGGGGCACGCAGGCAGAGGGAGAAGGACGUUCUUGCUUCCAUGCUGGUUCAGAUUCUCGGGGUGAAGGAAAGCAGGGAUUUGGAGGAAGGAUUCGGUGUUGCCAUGCAGAAUCUGCUGUCUGGCGGGCUGGAGAAGGCGCAUGCAGAGAGGUGGGGGGGAGCAGGCAAGGGAGUUGCGGGAGCAAGCAAGGGUAAACGGCAGAUGGAGAAUGAUGGGAACCCGGAAGGGUCAUGGGAUGGGAAGGGUGGGAAGUGGAGGGAGCAUCUGAAGGGGCAUGUGUGGGAGAGGUAUGUGGAUGGCAUGGCUUGGAUUCUGGAGCAUGGAGGAGGGGAAGGGAGGGAGUUUAGAUGCAGCCACUGUAGUGGGGGGGACAGCAGCAGUGGUGCCAGCAGCAGCAGCAGCAGCAGCAGCAAUCUGGAAGGCACGGAAAUUCCCAAGGGCAUGUAUGUGAGUGGCAUAGGUGCGACUGACUUUGCUAUUUGCGUUGCUUCAGUGCUGUCCUCGCCACAGUACCGCUGGGAGACCAAUCUUUACCUCCAGGAUGGCAACACUGCGAGCAAGACAUGGGUGGAGGAUGCGGCUAUUGAGACGGCCAGGGAGAGACUGAGACGGAGGGCGCAGGGUGAAGGAGGGGCAGCAGGCAGAGGUGUGGGAACAACAGCAUCAGCAUCACCAUCGGCAGUGGCAGCGGCAUUUGCCAACCCAACUCCUGUCAACACCAACCCUGUCGUUGCCGUCUUCACGUAUCGUGCUGCCUGCGUUCUGCAGUGGGCCCGCACCUAUGGCUCUGAAGUCAUCCCCGCUAGUCAAUGCUGCAAGGACAGCCCCCAGGGGAAGGUCCGGCCCAUGCGUCACCCGCUUCGGGACCUUCCGAGCCUCCUGGUCAGGCUCGGUGCCAUCCCCAAGCCUGUGGACCAAGGCAGCUUUGCCUGGGAAUGGGAGGAGUGGCCUCAGGGCGAUGAAGCUGCUGCGAAGCUUCCUGAUGAUCUGAGUGCGAGAUUCUUUCGGCUGGGAAUUGUGGAGGAAGCGAGUGGGCCAGCAGGGGAGCAUGGGGUAGGAGGAGAGAAGGGCGGACAGGGGUCAAACGCAGGAGGCAAGACUGGGGCCGCGAGGAGGGAGGGAGGAGACAAAGGGAGGGGCAAGCAGGAGGGAAGCAGAGGACGUGGGGAAGAAGAGAGAGUUCGAAAAUCGGGGUGUGACUUAGACGAGAGGCUGCUGCAGCAGCUGCUCACAAAGCUGCUGCCGCUAGUGCAUAGGAAAUACCCCAUCGUUCGCUGCACUGCCGAUGCUGAUUUCCUAUUGGAGUUUGCCGGGAAUCUGGUCAAGCCACCUGCAUGCGCUCAGUGCAAGCCCUGCCUUGCUGUCUACAGCCGUAGCAUCCCCUUCCUCACGCUCAUCGCCAACUACGCCUACCGACCUGCCUCCAUCCUUUUCAACCGCUUUGUAUCCCUCUUCCCGCCUCUCUUGCCCGAAUUCGACCGGGUCGCUGCUCGUAUGGGCGUGCCGCCUUUCCCUGCCAGCGUGCCGGGCUUUCUAAGGUCGGCUCUGCUGCACAAUCAGGCAGAGCUGGAUCCCGUGCUCUUCCUCUUGGCCGUGGCUCCAAAAUGGGCCGCCCCCAUUCUGGGAAUCACCGACCGGAAGGACCUACACAAGCUGCGAGACGGAGAGGGAGCGGACGGGAGGGUGUGGGAGGAGGUGCAGAUGUGGUGGCUGGCGGUGGAGUUUGCAUGGCAGGGCAGCAUGAAGCUGGAGGCCGAGGCACUGAGUGACACGUGCCAGGGAAGAGAGGAGCGGGCCGCAAGGGAUGGAGUGCAGGGAGAGGAGGUUACGAGUGACAAGUGGCGCAAGCUGUGGAAAAGGGCUGCCAAACCCAGGUUCUGUGAAGACAUUGACAGUGAGAAAAGGCUUUCUGAAAUUAUCAGUGAAAGCAGCAAUCUCAGCGACAUCUUCGGAAGCAGCAGCUAUAGUCACGGAAAUGACAGUGACAAUGGGGGUCGACGGACGAAGGGGGAUGAUGGGAAGGGCAAGCAGGGGGAUGAGCCGGCUUAUUUGAAGCCAUGGCCAGGGGGAGUCAAUUUGCUGGCUUGUCUGCGAGAGAUGCUGCUGGGGGAGCCAUGCUACCGCCCUGCCUCCCCUACUGCCCCUUCCACCCCUGCUGCCUCUUCCGCACAUGUUUCCUCAUCCGCUUGUGCUGCUGCUGCUGCCCCUUUCUCCCAUGCUGCUCCAUCCUCCAGUGCCACACCGGACCACGCAAGUGCACCCAUUGCGGUUGCACGUGGCACUGGUCCUGCUGCUAGUGGUGGGGAGCGUGUGUGCGGUGCUGCGGGGUGUGGGACGGUGGGGGGUGGUGGCGGUGUGAGGCUGAAGAGCUGUGGCGGGUGUGGCAAGGUGGCGUAUUGCAGCAGAGAGUGCCAAAAGGCGCACUGGCCCUCCCACAAGCUCACAUGCCCCGGCAGGACCAGCGGCAAGAAGAGUGGGACGACCAGUGGCAAGUGGCAAUGUGAGUGGAAAUGUGAGUGGCAAUGUGAGUGGCAAUGUGAGUGGCAAUGUGAGUGCCACAAUGUGAGUGGCAAUGUGAGUGGCAAUGUGAGUGACAAUGUGAGUGGCAAUGUGAGUGGCAAUGUGAGUGACAAUGUGAGUGACAAUGUGAGUGGCAAUGUGAGUGGCAAUGUGAGUGACAAUGUGAGUGGCAAUGUGAGUGCCACAAUGUGA